AUGUCGCCGCACAAUAAACGUGGGAAGGCCAAGGAGGCCGCGAAAAAGCAGCGAAGGGCGGACCAGCACCAAAGUCACGGUGCGUACAAGGGACAGGACACACGCUACAGCACCCGAGGUGGCAGCGGUGGCUCCUACCUGUCCACCCAUACCUCAGCCAAGCAGAACCAAGUGAAGCACACUUACGACGAUACAGACCCGUUGGACCAGCAGCUCUUCGAUUACAUUAUCGUCGUGGACGUGGAGGCGACGUGCGAGCAGCACAAUCGGAACUACCCCCACGAGGUCAUCGAGAUUCCCGGUGUCCUCAUCGACGUCCGCACUGGUCAGGUCGAUCGAGCUCGCUCCUUUCACACCUACGUGAAGCCGUGGCGCAACCCCAGGCUGACGCCCUUCUGCACCCAGCUCACCGGCAUCACGCAGGAGAUGGUGGACGCUGCCCCGAGCAUUACGGAGGCGGUUCAACUCUUCGAGAAGUGGUACCGGGAGACCAUUCCUAGAGGUGCAAAGACUAUCUUCGCCGCCGACGGCCCGUGGGACUUUAAGAACUUCAUCCACGAGCAUCACAUUCUGCGCGAUCAUGUAGGCUUUCCCAGCAUCUUUUACGAGUACCUCGACAUACGCACCACCUUUGCCCACCGCCUGAACCACGGCGUGCCAAUCAAGCUAGAUGCGAUGCUCCGCAAGAUGCACCUGCGCUUCGACGGCAGGCCGCACAGCGGCUUCGACGAUGCGUACAAUAUUGCGCGGCUCACUGUCGCGAUGAUGAAGGUCGGCUGCGUGCUUGACUUUGUUAUCGCUAUUCCGCUCGAUGAUGAGUACCACUAUCACCUGGAUGGCGUACCGCUCUACCGACGUGGAGAGGGUAGCGGGCACGUCGACCGCGACGUCGUGGAGGACGUCGCAAAGCGGUACUACGGUGCCGACUACUUCAAAUUCGGUCAGCGCCACCGUGACGUCGUCCGCACAUAUCGUCUCGCACACCCCAAGGAGUUCAGUCACGCCAACGUGGUGGCGCUGAAGCGGCGCAGCGACCGCGCAUUAGCCCGGCAACGACAGCGGUGGUGGCGUCUCACACUGUUGGUUCUGUUCUCGUUCCUGCUAGUGGAAAUCGCAUACGUGCUGCAGCUGAACCGCGCUGCGGGAGCGUGGUUGACGUCGGCCUUGACAAAGCAUACCCUAAUCAGCUCCAAAACGUCUGGAUCCCAUAGCGCGUAG